AUGUAUUACGCAAGACUCGCCGCUCUUUCGGCCGUCCUGCUGCAGGUGCUCCCUACCCUUACAGCUCCUGCCCCCGGUGGCUCUGGUAAUCCCGGCGAGUGGAGUCAGGAUGGGUUCUGGGGUUCUCCCCAUGGAGACAGCGCGGGCAUAGGUCCAGGAGGGUUUGAUAACAGCCACUGUGGCCACAAUGCCAACGGCAACAAUGUCGGAUCGACUGUCACUGUGACUGAUUGUCCGGCUACCCCGACUGCCACCGUGACUGUUACUAUUGACGGCGAUGGCAACGGUUCAGCCACUGUCACCGAAACGAUCAGUGCCUGCACAGCAACUGUAACUACCGGAGACGACGGCCGUUCCGCAUCAACCACCACCGAGACGGAAACUGUGAUCUCCACGAUUAGUUCGUGCACCGCCACGACCACCGACAUCACCACUUUGACGGAGGACGGUCCCACGGUGACGACCACUGUCACAACGCCCGGCCCAGUCUCAACUACGACCGAAUUUGUCGGCACCUCGACCGUCACCGAGCCCGGCGUGACCGAGUAUGAGACAGUCACCAAUACCAUCACUCAUACCGACACAAGCACUGUUACCAAUAAUCAGGUCGUGACCUCCACCGUGACUUCGACAGACACCCAGACACUCCAGGUCACUACCACAGUGACUGCGGACGACUGCUCCAACACCGGCACCUCCGACGGUCUUGACUAUGGAAGCUGUUCGGACCCGACGAUCAAUUGGUUGUAUGGUCUUGAUGGCCGCACCGAGUACUCGUAUACCACCGAUAACCAGGAUGACUUCCCCUUCGGCUCGUCGCCUACUAUCGAUUCACCGGCUGACCUGAUAUGCAACCGUUUGCGUAGCCCGUGCAAUGCUCCUCAGGCUACGAUUGACCAGUGCUAUGCGGCUGAGAGCGCUGUUGCCUCUCUGAGUGGACAGGAGGCUGCCGAUACUUGGAACGACUUGAUGACAUAG